AUUAAAAAAUUCAUAUUUUUUCUUCAUUUCAAAAAUCUUCGAAAAAUGUUGGACGACAUAAGGAUCUUUGUAAAAACUUCCAAUAAAUCAACGAAGAAAUUGUUUAACGAUUACAUUAAUCGCUAUGUGAUAGUCGUGAUAUUAAUAAACGUAUUUUCAGUUCCGUCGAUAUUUUCCAUGCUUUUUGGACCAAUAUUUCUUCCGCAGCUCUUUCCGCUGGUUGACAUCUAUCCUUUUGAAUUCCAAAAGUUCACAAUUUUGUAUUACUUCCUAUUUUUUACACAAGUGGUCGCUGUUUAUCAGCUGAUAAUUAAUACCAUGGUUAUUUUUAACUCCGUGGUGUUGUUCACUUACAUUAUUACGGAGUUCAAGGUUUUGCUCAAUGAAAUCGAGAGAGUUAUCAAGAAAUACGAGGAUAAACAGUUUAAUGCCCUCAUAAAGAAGCAUAUUCAAUGUAUAGAAUACGCCGAAAAUUUAAACUAUAUGUUACGAUUCAUGAUACUGAGAUGCUUUGUAACAGUUAUAGUGACUGUUAUAUUUGCUGCGAUACCUAUUUUAUUUUACACUAAAAUUUUUGAAAUGAUCCGAGGAAUUGCUAUUGUUAUCACGUCGUUAAUGUGUGUUUUGGCGUUUACUUUUCCUGCUGAUGAUUUGUAUAAGAUGGGAGAAGAAAUAGCACACGCAGUUUAUGAUUCAAAUUGGAUCGGAACUUCUUUGUCGUUACAAAAAUCGGUGAUUAUAAUAAUGUGUCGCUCUCAAAAACCUCUUGUUAUUAAAGUCGACGGAAUAUUACCUGCACUUACUUGCAAAUUUUAUGCAUCGUUUUUGUCAAUGACUAUGUCAUAUUUCACAACGUUGAGAGCUUUUGUAGAAAGUCAAUAA